CCCGCAAAUGCUAGAGGUAUAUGCAUCCCUUGCUACAGGGCCCAGACAAGAUAAUGGUAUUUUCUAUGAAAUUCGCACCUAUGACAUUAAGCCGUCGAAGAUGAAGGCGUUUGUGGAAAUGGUUAAUCAGCACUUUCACCUUCGCACAGCCUAUUCUGAGCUGGUGGGAUUCUGGACUGUGGAGCUGGGGGCAAUGAAUAAGGCUGUCCAUAUCUGGAAGUAUGAUAAUUUUGCCCACAGAGCAGCAGUCCGGGCUGCACUCGCCAAUGACAAAGAUUGGCAGGGAAAGCUCCUCUCUCCUCUUCUUGCUUUUGUAGAAAAACAGCACAAUGAGGUUGCUUAUCUCGUGCCUUGGUGUCAACUUGAGAAGCCUCCAAAAGAAGGAGGAGUAUACGAAUGGGUUACUUUUCAGAUGAAACCCGGUGGGCCAGCUCUGUGGGGUGAGGCAUUUCGAGCUGCAAUCAACACUCACAUCAACACAGGCUACACUAAGCUGAUUGGUGUUUUCCACACAGAAUAUGGAUUACUUAAUACAGUUCAUGUGAUCUGGUGGAAUGAGAGUCCAGACAGCCGGGCAGCAGGAAGGCACAAUGCCCAUGAAGAUGCUAGAGUGGUAGCAGCUGUGCGGGAAAGUGUCAGAUUCUUGGAGUCCCAGCAAAAUAUGCUGCUGGUUCCUCUGCCAUUUUCACCACUGAAGUAGCCUUCUACUAAACGACGGAACCGGUGGCAGAAAAGACGCAAGCCAGAAGUGCUGUCAGCAAGUGCCAUCGCGUGGAUCUUCGUACCCUUAUGAACUGAGCGAAUUGUUCUUCAGUCUUCAGUUCAGUUUACAAUAUGUGGAUGCAAAACGCCGAUCUCCAGCAAUGUAAAUUAGUAAAAUGCUAAAGAGAAGAGUUUAUUGUAAUGACCCUAGAUCCCCCAGUAGGAAUUCAAGUCUUAUGAGUUAUGGCAUGAAGCUCACUCUGGAAAUCCCUCAUUUUUAGCCCCUGACUUCUUAAUACUUUUCUGUAUAGCAAGAUCACUAAUCAGAGCUAUAACAUGACACGCUCUUUUCCGAGGUUACAACUGUAGCAAUGCAGCCAUCUUCAGAGCAAAUACUGUUUCCUUAAUGUAUUUUGGUUACUUUUGUAAUUGUUACAUCGGGGUUGUUACAUACUGACUUAAGAAGGAGUGCUCACACUUAGGGUUGUAACCAAGGUAUUGUAUUUUGACCGCCUCAGUGGGCUGUUUGGUAUUAAUUGUUAAUAGUGUAAAAUUUUGAUGCAAUUGGAAUUAUGUGCAAGGGAUCAUGCAGUAAAGCUGGUUAGGUGGUGUUCUGAUGAACAUUUAUGUACUAGCUAAUUUUAGGUCAUUUCAACCCUUUCAUAUUUUAUUCAGUAAACACUUUCUCAGAACUGUAGGUUACAAACAUAAGACUGUCAUUUAGCUAUUUGAAUACGUUUCGUGUGCUAGAAACGAUCAGUCCUUCAUGUUCAAAUGUGUAUCACAAGCUCAGCUGAUUGAUAUACACAUGCUUACAUUUUUUUGAAAUACUUUUUUUGCCAUAUUGUUAAAAGCCAAAUAAAAUUGUAUAAAGCAUAAA